UAGCAGAGGAGUUGUAAGGAUAGGAAGGAAGGAAGGAAGGAAGGAAGGAAGGAAGGAAAUCAAGUAAGGUGGUCGUUGAGAAGUUUUGACACCAACGAGCCUGGCUGGAGUUGCUGCCGGUGUUCCAGCUAUUCUUGAUCUAGCGGUUGCAUGCAUGGCACAUUGUACGUAGUGGCGGCGGGCGAGGCCGGGGUAUCCCUCUGCGCAGAGGAUUCGCAGUCAUUCGGCGCCGUCGAGAGUGUGACGGCGCCCUUUGCUCAGCAUGGACAUGACAUGUGUGGAAACUCGCCCUCGUUGGCGCCGAUGGGGGAGUCAGGUAUGUUGGUCGCUCCUGGAGGUGAAGAUUUUCUCAAGAAGGGUCUGCUGGCUCUCAUCGUAGCCGCAUUGGAUGAGGGAACUCUUACUCUUGGUGAGAUCCAAUCGGUUCUCUCUUCCCAACCGGGCCAGCAUCAGCAGCAGCGACACCAGCAGCUAGAUCAGCAGCAACAACAACAGAAUCCAGAUCAGCAGCAACACCACCACCAGCAGCAACAGCAUCAGCAGCAUCAGCAUCAGCAGCAGCAGCAGCAGCAGCAGCAGCAGCAGCAGCAGCAGCAACACCUGCAGCAGGAGCAACAGCAGCUAUUGCACCAGCAGCAGCAGCUGCAGCAGAUCUGGUCAAGCGAGAAAGGCCGAGGUGAAGAAUUGUCAUCUUCACUUUCGGGAAAAGAGAUUGGCGGGACCUCAAAAAAUGCUCAAGGAGAGUUCUCGAGAUUGCAAGAAGAGGCGAGUGAUACCAGGAAGGGCGUCUGCAGAAGCGAUGGAGACGUUGUCUAUGGGGGCGAUGGCGGGGAGGGGGGGCGGGGAGGAGGGGCAUCGUCAACUGGAUCGGAGCAUCGUCCUCUGGAGCCUGCGGAAUCCCGAUCUGGCGAUGGUCAGUCCUCUGCUUCCUGUCAGACUGACAAGCUCGUGGCUCUGUACCAACGGGUAAUCGAAGUGAAACGCAACGCCUUGCAGCGUACCUUGGAUGCUCGGAAAACGUACAUUAAUUGGGAUAUGAUUGGCUAUCGAGAUCAACCUCAAUCUAUGGAGGAGGAAGAAGAAGAGGAGGGGGAAGAGGAAGAGGAGGAAGAAGGAGAAGAAGAAGAAGAAAAGAAAGGGCAGGAACGGGAAGAAAAGGAAGGAUGUAGCAAUGCUGCUGUUGCUGGAGCUCUCUCUUUUGCUGCUGGGACUCUCUCUUCCACGACUCGUGUUCGCUCUUCUGAUAUAGACCUUGCCAGGCCUUCCUCUUCUGAUGCUGCUGCCAUUUCAGCCGAUCCUGUCAGAGAGCGUUUGCUUUCUGAUACGGCAGUCUUGGAUCGGUCAAAGGGUAAUGAUCUCGGAGGUCAGUCUGUGCGGUGUCCGCCUGCCGACUUAAGCUCUUUGCCUGCGGGGUUCCUUCGUCUAAUUAGUGAAAGGCAGGAGCGUCAUGGCAAUAGGUUGAAGGGGAGAUUGCAGUACGAGGACGAAGACGAUAGGUACGGUAAGAGGAGGAAGAAGACCUAUGAUCGUGCAGUUCCCGACGAGCGUUCGAUUCUGCAGAGAAGUGAGGCCGACUUUCUGCCCCCGUGUGAAGGCGGGGGAGCGUCCGCCGGGCUUCCUUGUUCGGUACCUGUGGGACCGAAACAUGAAUAUGCGCCCGAGCAGCAGCAGCAGCUAUCACCAGGCAAAAGUGUCGAGGCCUCAGUUGUAAUGGCGGGGGCUUACGAAGGCAGUGCUACCGGUCGCUGGAGGGAAGAACGGGAGUUAGUACCGGAGAGUUCCAUGCUUGGUCGCGACAAGGCUAGCGGGUACGAUGGUGCUGAAUGCAGCAGUGAGAGAGAGAGUUGGUUGACGUCAGCGGAAGCGCCGCCACGGGGCAGCAGUAGCAGCCAUGGCUUCGUCAGCGAGACGGCUGGAGGUUUAAAAGACGUAAUGGAGAACAUCACCGAACUUCAGGAGCAGUUCCAGACCCUCCUUGGUUCCGAGAACCAGGCGGAAGUGUUGACCAGGAUUUUCUCUGCAGCCGGGAUGAUCCACGCUACGAAAUCUAUAUGGGAUCGUGGUCCGAAGAUGCAGAGUCCAGAGUCGUCACCGGUGAAAGGGUGGGAUCCUAACUUCCUUGAGCCCCGCAGUGCAUGGACCGAUCCCUCAGGAGUGUUGGUAGGCAUUGAGCGGUGCGCAAAGAGGAAGCGGGAAUCGCUCUCUGCUGUAGAAGAACAGGUUUCGUAUGGGAGGGGAAAUGAUGCAGCCGACAAACGAAGGUACGCUCCACGCAAUCUACUAGGGUCGUUUGAAAGAAGGUGACUGUUGUGAAUUAUCGACUAUAGUCACCUCCUUUUUCUCCUCAUCCUUGUGUGACGUAAUUGCUCCUGUCGAAGAGCUGAGGGGUAUUCUGUCCCUGCCAUGCCCCAUUGGGACAUGGAAUGGCUCACUGUGUAAUUUUUUUAUUCUUGCCAUUAUUGUCGGAUGGCUGCUGAUCUCACAGGCAUCAUGUUUCGAGUAGCACAUGAUAGAUACCCUUUGCUGGAUCUAUGUCAGUCUGUGGGGCGUUACAGCCGUCUUUCACAGGCAUCAUGUUUUGAGUAGCACAUGAUAGAUACCCUUUGCUGGAUCUAUGUCAGUCUGUGGGCCGUCUUUGAAGAGGUCAUUCAUUCCUAUAUCUCGUCUGCUCAGAGCGUGGGGGAUAUGUGAUACAGAGGAAGUAAAGAGGGGGGCAGUGUUGGCAGGGAAUGAGGGGAAUUGUGGAGUGGAGAGAGAGAGAGAGAGAGAGGUAUGUACAGUUAGGCAUGUGCAUGAAGAACUGUUGCUGGUCUUGCUUGAUGAGGCCAGCUUGUGAGGUGAUAGUGGGAAUGUCAGGGCAUGUGGAUUUAGGAACAGUGAAGAAAUAAAGUUUGCACUGAGCC